AUGGGGGGAUCGUCGCCUCCAUUCAUUUACGAUCGUCAACCGACCAGGUUCUAUGGACCCACCGAUCACAGCUUCAACCCCAAGGCCGUGACGCAAGCGAGCCAGAUCCGCCCGCCGCCGAGGGAAAAGCCCAAAGGACCUUUGGUCAACUUCAAUCGACACCCAGAUACGUGGGGCAGCUUCGAGAACAAGUCAACAUGGACUCCCAUGAGUCCAAACACUAAGAAACACGUCAAGUGGGCUCGUGGAACCCAACUGGGGCUACGUGCAGUUACUCUACUUGGUGCGCUGGCAUCGCUUUUCUUCUCCAUUGUUAUCAAGAAUGCUGCUGCGACUAUCAUUUGGAUCAUGAGGGCGGGCCCCAUCGUUGCCGUUUUGCAUACGAUUUAUGGAAUCUAUCAUUUCUCGCGCUCCCCUAUCAACCGCCCUCCUGCCUCACAAGCCAGCUACGGUCUCUUCGCCUCGACCCUUGACGCUGGGCUGAUCCCAUUCUACGUGUUUACUGCCUUUGUCGCCCACGCGGAAUAUACUCAAGAUGCGUACAACUGGAGUACCCUAUUGGAUAAUGAAGUCGGCAUGAUCGUGCCAAUUACUCAGGCAACUUUCAUCGCUGCUCUCGUUAAUGGGGGAUUGCACCUCAUCUCGCUCGGCGUAUCGAUCUUCCUGGCUGUGAUGUUCCGCAGGAUCUCUCACUUGCCACCGGAUAUGAACCCACUAGAAGACAACCUCACUGCCCGUCCUCGAAGGAGCCGCAAGGAUAUUGAUGUCGGCGAGAAGCACAUGAGUUCAUCCACCUUGAACUCCGAGGAUCCACUUAUUGGUUCUCCACGGACAGUGGCAUUCAUGCACACACGUGGUCAAUCUGGUGACUCGGCUUACCAGUCUGGCGAUUUCAUGAGUGAUAAGCGCCAGUCCCAGAUCUCUGUUCAGCCUCAUCGUGUCUCGCACCUAGAGCCGUCUAGCCCUGAGAUGCUCUUCCAGCACCCUGCCAGUCAGCCAUAUGAUGUGAUUACCGACGUGCCAGCACCUGAAUAUGAUGCCCCGGCGCCCGAGUAUCGAAAUGUUGCAAGACACUCUGCAGAGGUCGUUAACCCUGGUGCUCAAAUGCGCCACAUGACAUCUCGUGCUGCCGACCGGUCAAACACUAUCAGUCCUCUUUCAGACAACUGGGUCGCAUAUUCAGAGCGCACGGUGUCGCCGAUGGAUGAAAACCAACAGAACAAUAACGAGAAUACCCUUCGACAGUCCUCCUCAGUCUACAGCAGACGUACCAACUCAACUGCUACAUCGAACGGUGGCUUCCGGGAUUGGUUUGCAUAUGGCCAGAAACCUGCUAGCAUCGGAAGUGUGAUCCCUGAAGAUACCCGAGGCGAAUAUGCUGAACUCUCAAUUCAUGAGUACUACGGCAACGAAGAGGACAAGGAGCAAGAUCUCGGUGAUACACGUUUCAACAUUUUCCCUGACCCUGAAGAGCACGACCAUGAUAAUCUCGACGAUGAAAACUCGAAGGAUCUCCCCUUCAACCCGCUCAUGCUGAACCCUCCGACACCCCAACCCAUUCUUACCGAGAAGCCCGAGGAUACCGACCCUGUUCGACGCUAUGCUCUCAGUGACAACCCGAAUCUUACAAACAACCAGACAAUGACCCCACAACAACCUGGAUCCACUGACUCCACCCCUACCAAAGGUCGCUUCUAUGGAGAUCUCGAAGAGGAGGGUAUGCCUGGCGUCGAGAUAUCCCGCAACAUCAGCAAUCAACAGCCCAUGACUCGCCAGCCAACAAAGCUCACCAAGAAGAAGAGCAAGAAGAUGUCCGCUUAUCAAUCUCUCAAGAAAGAUGAUAGCGGCGAUGAGGGCUACUUGAGCAGCCGCUCGGCCGUAAUGUCGGAGGGCGAUCGCAAGGGACGUGUUGUCAGUAACUCCGGUGCAGACACAGCCCGAGCCGGUAUUGGCGCUAGUGUUGGUGCCUCCUUGUCUUCAUAUGGUAGCUACAUUGCCGGCCUGGGUGUCGGUCGUCGUCGCGACGUGAGUGGUAAAAUUGCCGAGGAGGGACGUGGCAGCCAGCCCAUCGACGAGACUCCGAGUGCGAAUCAGCAACAUAGUCAAGGAGCAUCACCAACCCGGGCUGCUGGAUGGGCUAGAUUUGCCGGACUGUGA